GUCAAUCUUCCUUUCACGGGAGUGCGCCAUAGCUGGCGUAACGUCUUUUUUGUGUGUGAAGAAAAUCAAGAAACAUCCAAGAUGGUUAACUUCACCGUCGACGAAAUCCGUGCCAUGAUGGACAAGAAGCGGAACAUCCGCAACAUGUCCGUCAUCGCUCACGUGGACCACGGAAAAUCGACCCUCACGGACUCCCUGGUGUCGAAGGCCGGAAUCAUCGCCGGGGCCAAGGCUGGGGAAACGCGCUUCACGGACACGAGGAAGGACGAGCAGGAGCGCUGUAUCACAAUCAAAUCUACUGCCAUCUCCAUGUUCUUUGAACUGGAAGACAAAGAUCUCGCCUUCAUCACCAGCACCGAGCAGCGCGAGAAAGACGAAAAAGGUUUCUUGAUCAACUUGAUUGACUCUCCCGGACACGUUGACUUCUCGUCGGAAGUCACGGCAGCCCUCCGUGUCACUGAUGGCGCUCUCGUCGUGGUUGAUUGCGUCUCAGGGGUGUGUGUCCAGACCGAGACCGUACUCAGGCAGGCCAUCGCCGAACGUAUCAAGCCCAUUUUGUUCAUGAACAAGAUGGACAGGGCUUUGCUGGAAUUGCAGUUGGACUCUGAAGAGUUGUACCAGACUUUCCAGCGCAUUGUUGAGAACGUUAACGUCAUUAUUGCUACGUAUUCUGAUGAUAGUGGACCCAUGGGUGAGGUUCAUGUUGAUCCUAGCAAAGGUUCGGUCGGUUUUGGUUCUGGUUUGCACGGUUGGGCUUUCACUUUGAAACAGUUCGCUGAAAUGUACUCUGAAAAGUUCAAGAUCGACGUGAAAAAACUUAUGAACAGACUCUGGGGUGAGAACUUCUUCAACCCCAAGACCAAGAAAUGGGCCAAGCAAAAGGAAGCCGACAACAAGCGCUCCUUCUGCAUGUAUAUUCUGGAUCCUAUCUAUAAAAUUUUCGACACCAUCAUGAACUACAAGAAAGACGAGUACGAAGCCCUGUUCCCCAAACUCGGCAUCCAACUCAAGCACGAGGACAAGGACAAGGACGGCAAGCCCCUCCUCAAGGUCGUGAUGCGCACCUGGUUGCCCGCCGGCGAGGCCCUCCUCCAGAUGAUAGCCAUCCACCUCCCAUCCCCCGUAACCGCCCAGAAAUACAGAAUGGAAAUGUUAUACGAAGGCCCCCACGACGACGAAGCCGCAAUCGGCAUCAAGAACUGCGACCCCAACGCCCCCCUCAUGAUGUACGUAUCGAAAAUGGUGCCCACCUCCGAUAAGGGACGUUUCUACGCCUUCGGUCGCGUGUUUUCGGGUAAAGUCGCCACAGGAAUGAAGGCCCGCAUCAUGGGCCCCAACUACGUGCCUGGCAAGAAGGAGGAUCUGUACGAGAAGGCCAUCCAGCGCACCAUCUUGAUGAUGGGGCGCUACGUGGAGGCCAUCGAGGACGUGCCCUCCGGAAACAUCUGCGGGCUGGUCGGCGUCGACCAGUUCUUGGUCAAGACCGGCACCAUCACCACGUUCAAGGACGCCCACAAUCUGAGAGUGAUGAAGUUCAGCGUGUCGCCGGUGGUGCGCGUCGCCGUCGAGCCGAAGAAUCCAGCCGAUUUGCCCAAACUGGUAGAAGGUCUGAAGCGUCUGGCCAAGUCCGAUCCUAUGGUCCAGUGUAUCAUUGAAGAAUCCGGCGAGCACAUCAUCGCCGGCGCCGGCGAGCUCCACCUGGAGAUCUGCCUCAAGGACCUGGAGGAAGACCACGCCUGCAUCCCCAUCAAGAAAUCCGACCCGGUGGUGUCCUACCGCGAGACCGUCAGCGAGGAGUCCAACCAGAUGUGCUUAUCCAAGUCGCCCAACAAACACAACAGGCUGUUCAUGAAGGCCGUCCCCAUGCCGGAGGGUCUCGCCGAGGACAUCGACGAAGGCAACGUGAACCCGCGCGACGAUUUCAAGUCGCGCGCCCGCUACUUGGGCGAGAAGUACGACUACGACGUGACCGAGGCGAGAAAGAUCUGGUGCUUCGGCCCCGACGGCACCGGCCCCAACAUCUUGGUCGACUGUACGAAGGGUGUGCAAUAUUUGAACGAAAUCAAGGACUCGGUGGUCGCCGGCUUCCAGUGGGCGACGAAAGAGGGCGUGCUGUCCGAGGAGAACUUGCGAGGGGUUAGGUUUAACAUCUACGACGUGACGUUACACGCCGACGCCAUCCAUCGCGGCGGUGGACAGAUCAUUCCGACGACGAGACGCUGCCUGUACGCGUGUCUGUUGACGGCGGCGCCGAGGCUCAUGGAGCCCGUGUAUCAGUGUGAGAUUCAGUGCCCUGAAGUCGCCGUUGGUGGUAUCUACGGUGUCUUGAACAGAAGGAGAGGUCACGUGUUUGAAGAACAGCAGGUCGCCGGUACCCCCAUGUUCGUGGUCAAAGCCUACUUGCCUGUAAAUGAGUCGUUCGGUUUCACCGCCGAUCUUAGAUCAAAUACCGGAGGUCAAGCUUUCCCGCAGUGCGUGUUCGACCAUUGGCAGAUCCUCCCAGGUGACCCGUUGGAGCCCAGCACCAGACCAUUCGGCGUUGUACAGGAAACACGUAAAAGGAAAGGACUCAAAGAAGGACUCCCAGAUCUUUCACAAUACUUGGACAAAUUAUAAACAACAACGGUUUUAGUUUGUACAGAUUUAUUUAAGAUUCAUCUUAAAUUAUAAAAUAAAACAAUUGAUAAUUA